CGCCGGGCCCAGCGAGCAGAGGCCACCAGAAGAAAGUACGGCGCGUCCAGUGAGGCUCCCCCGGCGAAACGGAGGACCACGGCGGCACUUCUCCCGGCCAAGAAGGCCGCGGCUGACGGAACGCAGAGGACUUCUAAGGGGAAGGCCCAGAAACCAUUUUCUCCUAAUAACUCUGCGGUUGGCGUCAGUGAUAAAGACCGAGAGCAGAAACCGUGCGUUCGGACGUCUUCGUUAUUUAAAAACAACCCCGAAAUCCCAGCGCUCCCCAGACCUGUCGUGCAGCAGGUGCGAGAGCAGGUGUUUACUUCAGACGCCUUCCACGAGCUGGACCUGCACCCGCAUCUAAUUUCCACAAUAAACACGGUCUUAAACAUGACGAGUAUGACCAGCGUGCAGAAGCAGAGCAUUCCCGCGUUGCUGGAGGGCAGAGAUGCUCUGGUGAGGUCUCAGACGGGCUCAGGUAAGACUCUUGCCUACUGCAUCCCUGUGGUCCAGUCUCUUCAAGCAAUGAAAUCAAAAAUACAGCGCAGCGACGGCCCCUACGCCCUGGUGCUGGUGCCGACGAGAGAGCUGGCUCUGCAGAGCUUCGACACUGUCCAGAAACUGCUGAAGCCGUUUACCUGGAUCGUGCCUGGCGUGCUCAUGGGUGGAGAGAAGAAGAAAUCCGAAAAGGCCAGACUCCGCAAGGGGAUAAACAUCCUUAUCUCGACGCCUGGGCGACUGGUGGAUCACAUCAAGUCCACAAAGAACCUUCAUUUUAGUCGGAUACGGUGGCUGGUUUUGGAUGAGGCAGACAGGAUCCUGGACUUGGGUUUUGAGAAGGACGUCACGGUGAUUCUCAACGCCGUGAACGCCGAGUGCCGGCGGCGACAGAACGUCUUGCUGUCGGCCACGCUCACAGAAGGUGUGACUCGGCUAGCUGACAUCAGCCUGCUCGAUCCGGUCCGGAUUUCUGUCCUGGAGGAACAGGGUGGGCAGUCCGACCCAGAGCGCAGCGUGGCUCCCGAGGGCGCCCCUGCGGUGCCCGGCGGCGAGCUGGACAGCUUCGCGGUGCCCGGGGGUCUCGAUCAGCACGCUACCCUGGUUCCCAGCAAACUGAGGCUCGUCUCCCUGGCGGCCUUCAUCCUGCAGAAGUGCAAGUUUGAGAAAGACCAGAAGAUGAUCGUCUUUUUCUCGAGUUGUGAGCUGGUGGAGUUCCACUACCACCUCUUCCUCCAGACCCUGCCGGGCGGCUCGGGGGCCCCCGCGGCAGGGCGGCCACCAUCUGCCUCCGCGAGAUUAAAAUUCCUGCGGCUGCACGGCGACAUGGAGCAGGAGGAAAGAACAGCAGUGUUCCAAGAAUUCUCACGUUCCAAGACCGGCGUCCUUCUCUGCACGGAUGUUGCAGCUCGGGGUUUGGAUCUCCCUCAAGUCACGUGGAUUGUUCAGUACAACGCCCCGUCUUCGCCUGCCGAGUACAUCCACCGGAUCGGGAGAACCGCCCGGAUUGGCUGCCGUGGGAGCAGCCUGCUCAUCUUGGCUCCUUCGGAGGCAGGAUAUGUCAACUCGUUGGCUUCUCACAAAAUCAACGUUUCCGAGAUUAAGCUGGAAGACAUUUUGUCUGUCCUGACACGGGACGAUUGUUUUGAAGGGAGCCGCUGGAGACCCCAGAAAUCCCGUGCUGCCGGCCCCCCGGAAAUCCGACAGCGAGCCACGGUCUUGCAGACGCUGUUUGAAGAUUACGUGCACUCCAGUGAGAAGAGGGUCUCGUGGGCAAAGAAAGCUCUGCAGUCCUUCAUUCGAGCCUACGCAACCUACCCCCGGGAGCUGAAGCACAUCUUCCACGUCCGGGCACUGCACCUCGGUCAUGUGGCUAAGAGCUUCGGGCUGAGAGAUGCCCCCCAAAAUCUGAGUGUCCCGGCUGUAAAGAGAAGAAAAGUAAACAUGAACAGGCCUGGCCUUCACAAGAAGACCCCGAGUAAACGCCGCCUUGCUGAAAUCUUGCGUUCAGAAUACUCCAGUGGGAUGGAGGCCCGCGUCGCCAAGGUCAAAAAGCAAAACAAACACGCGGCUCCCAGCAGCCGGCCAUGCAGCGCGGUCUGCAGCGGGCGCCCAGCCUCGGCCGUGGGAAAAAAGAAGAAACGCUCUCCCUAAGACGGAAGGCCCCAGAAAGACCUACUGGGGGACAGCAAGACUUCCCAAAAAAGUUUCUUGCUUUUUGUUUUAACUCUGCCUCCACAGGCCUGGGGCUUGGGGGGGGAAUCCCAGAGGCCCCCCGAGACCUGGGCUGACACCCUGUUCGCAUCAGGAGCAUUGUGGGAAAGCCUGGUGCCGCCUUUCCCUGCAGACAAGCCGCCGACCCGGAGAAGCCACGGCCCUUGUCCCGGUGGGAGCAGGAGGCAGCGCGGUGUGGACCCGCCAGCGAAGGCACCAGCCCGCACGCUCCCCCUCCCUGGCGGCCUGAGCAUCGGCGGGAAGGCCCCGUCCUGCCUGGUGACCGUGUUCUCCAGGUGUCGCAAAGUUUUACUUUAGUUGCCCCAUCAACGCCUUGCUUAAUGUGAAUUUUAUAAAAUAGGAUUUUUUAAACUGGGAUGCAAUUUGCUAAAGAGAGAAAAAAAAUCAACACAUCUUCUCGAUAUACAAGUGCUUUGCUCAAAGGACCAGCAGGUUUGGGGUGUGGGUCGGGAGGCCGUGGGCCCGUCGGCAGGCAGCUCCAAACCUCACGCCACACUCACGUACGUGCCUGACCACCUCUUUUAUGUCCACGGGAAACUUCCUGUCUCAUGGCUGAUGGGUUUACUGGUCUUUUUUUAUUUAUUUAUGCUUUUUACUGUUGCCUUUUUAUUCUUUGCCUUUGAAGUCAAAAGGCACCAGUCUCCAGAGCAUUCUCUCCCAUCCCGUAGAAUCCCAUCUUGCCUUUCAGUCUGGGGUCCGGGGGCUCCUCCCCCACUGUGUCCCCCCUCCCCUCCUCCAGAUUUGAAAGAGGCCCCCUGGGCGAGCUGAUUGCCCAGUGUCAGAUUGGGACCCGGGGGUUCCAGAGGGCUGGAGCUCAGCACCCCUGCUGGGAGGUGCCCGGUUCUCCCCGCCUUCCCCUCGCCCUCCUCGCCUUCGAAAGUCCUCCUCUUCCAUUUCCUGCGAUGGGUGCUGAGGCCCCACUUCGGCGCCCUCUAGGUCCACAGGAACUGCAUGGCCGGGGGUGGGUCGAGAGUGGUGCUGGAUGGGCGGCCACGGGGUCCACAGAGGGCCCGGCGGCCUUGCUCUGGCGGCGGAGCAUCGCUCACACCCACACCGGAGGCCCCGGGGACCGCGCGAGCGUGAGCCCCGCGAGCACUAAUCCUCUGCAGGCGGGGGGACUGACCUUCUCCCCACGGCUGUCACGUAGCGCGGUUGGUGAAGUUUCUAACAACAACAAUAAAGCCCUAGAGCACUUGUCCAGCUGAC